UACCUCCAAACGGAGUAGUGGCGUUACCGAUAUCAUCACAUUCCGCUGCAGAGAAGAAGAACCCACUCAGGGAUUUUUACCGGAUUUUAAUGACUGAGUUAAUAAUUUAUUUUACACUACUCUUGAGGAAUUGGGAUAUAUCGUCUUUUUACUCUGAAGUGUUGCCUUCCACCACCAUAGACAACAUCUACGAGCAGUGUGUAGGUGCUUUCUCUCGGCCCCUCUCUGGAUGCACCAGCCUCCUCUACGCCAGGGACCUGGACCCCGCGACUGACCCCCACUUCCCUGCUCCUCUACCCCUCUCCUGCCUCUCCUUCCCUCCCCCUCUCCUCGCUCUCUCCCUCACCUGUCUCCCCCUGCCCUCCCGCACGGGGCCCCCUGCCUCUCGCCCCGCCGGCCGAGGCAGGGGGCCAUGGCGCCAUGGUAACCCUCAGCCGACACAAGCCCGCCGCCAUGAGCAGCGCGACCCCCCAAGAGGGCAGGGGUCGAGGGUCGAACCUAGCCCCAGACCGCUACAAGCCCUUCAGCUCGCAGGCACACUACCAGCAGGUCAUGAUGGCCCUGCGUAAGCUCCGGGAGAGCGGCUUCUACUGGGGGGCCGUGGGGGGCCGCGAGGCCAGCUCCCUGCUGCGCUCGGAAGCCCCCGGCACCUUCCUGGUGCGCGACUCCUCGGACCACCACCACUUCUUCACGCUCUCCGUCCAGACGGCCCGCGGCACCAAGAACCUGCGCAUCCACAGCGAGCGGGGGGGCUUCUUCCUGCAGCCGGACCCCCACAGCGUCCGGCAGCCGCCGCAGUUCGACUGCGUGCUGAAGCUCAUCGCUCACUACAUGGGCAAAGGCCCCGAGCACUGGGGCGAGGCGGGGGGUGCGGCGGCGGGGGCGGCGGCGGCGGCGGCGGCGGCGGCGGCGGCGGCGGCGGCGGGGGCGGCGGCGGCGGCGGCGGGGCCGGGGGUGGGCACGGCGACGGGGGGCGGCGUGUACCUGAUCCACAGUGGCGGGGAGAAGGUGGCGCUGGAGCUGCGCCGGCCCCUGUCCUCGUCCCUCUCCUCCCUGCAGCACCUGUGCCGCCGGACCCUGAACAACCGGCGGGGGGGCGGUCUGGGGGGGAGCGCGGGCCGAGGUGAACAGCUCCCGCACACGCUCAGAGGCUUCCUGGAGGAGUACGACGCCCCCAUCUGA